AACGCCACCGGACGAAGAGAUUACCGUUGAGGGCUGAUUUUACUUGGAUUACACAGACUAUUAAAGACUAUUAACCGGUUUUCGCUGUCAUCUGUGGUUAUAUCGGUGUGGGGAAAGGUGUGGCUAUGGCGGCAAUGACACUUAAUGUCUAACACCAGGUAACGUUAGCAGUGCUGUAUAGCUCUAGCAGAGUGAAAUAGGAAGUGAAGCUGUGGUCAUUAGCCAGCUAGCAGCAGGCGGCGGUGUCCUGGAGACGAUCUACCUGACACUCACUAGACUCCAGGGUGCUUCCUUGGCUAUGAGGGUCCCUGAUGUCCAAGCUGGAGUGUGAACUUGACCUGUACUGCCUCUUCAGUUUUACAUAGCAGGCCAGAGAGAUAUUUUUGAUGUGAGACAGAAGCUUGUUUAGCUUUUAGCCAAGCCAAUUUGAUGCUGGAAUAAUUUCAAAUCCCUCCUGAGGAUGGCUAAAUGAGUACCCCGGGCUGAGCCAAGGAGAUUAAGAUCAUAUUAGAUUUUUAAGGGAAGCAAAGACGAACACCUGUUUGACUGAGCUGCCAAAUCCGGAUCAUUCUGCUUUCAUUGAUUUUGACAUCUCUUUUUUGCAUAAGACUGUGUCUGUCUCUUUACUCACGGUCUUCCUCUGUGUGUGAAAAGACUCAGUCAUUGCUUAUCAUCGUCUUUAGUAUAGGGCUGCCUUCAGGAUUUAGUUCCUCAUUCUGUGGCCUUGGAUGCAUGACUUUAUUCAUCAUAGUCAACAUUUCCCUUCAGCUGGGUUUAAAAAAAAAGUCAAGCUAAAGAAAGAGGGAACGUGACAUAAAGUCUUUUUUACUCUCCUCUGCUGUCCUCUCUGCACUGCCUUGUUGAAACCGCCAUUCACUGUGAUUACUUUGCCUCCUUGGUCCACUGAGAGAUAGGCAGUUUAAAGAGAAUGAAGGAUUGAUCCUAGCCCUGUGAGUCAAAAGGAUUGCACAAGCAUACGUGUACACAAACUGUGCAGCAACACAGGGCUCCCUGUUUGGGCUGCCUCUGUUUGGGCCAUGUGCUGUAUUUUCUCUCCCCUUUCUCAGUUCCUGUGGGUUUGAAUGAUUGAGGACGAGGGCCACAGGCUUGGCAGUGGUUCAUUUGUAUUUGACUUCGUGCUUGGCUAUUGUUGCUGACCACUGUCCUGACCCCUGCUCUUGAGAUUGGAGCUCUGUGGAUAUGCAGACGGAUAGACACAAAGUCUUGCUGACAAAGCCUGACCUCCUGGGGCAACCUGCACGUUAAAGGAUUUCCAUUUUUUCAACCCUAUCAUCCAAGUUGUACAUAGUUGAUUUUUUUUUACAUCUGUGCUUGCUGCAAUACUGUUUUCAUAAAAGGACAGGAUGAAACUGAAAAAGCAGGUGACUGUGUGCGGUGGGGCCAUCUUCUGUGUGGCUGUCUUCUCUCUUUAUCUGAUGUUGGAUCGUGUCCAGCAUGACCCAGGCAGAAGACAGAAUGGAGGAAACUUCCCAAGGAGCCAGAUUUCCGUGUUGCAGAACCGCAUUCAACAGCUGGAGCAGCUUCUGGAGGAGAACCACCAGAUAAUCAGCCACAUUAAAGACUCUGUCCUGGAACUUACGGAUACAGGUGCUAUCUCCCCCAGUGGCCAACUUCCAUUUCGCAGUGCAAAUGGCUCCUGGGUGUUGCCUUUCGAUGGCAGACCCACCUUCCUCAACAUAAAACCCCAGGACUGCCAGUUUGCACUUGGCCGCCAUGGCCAGAGCGACCUGCAGAUGCUGGAUGUGUACUCUCUUCUGAGUUUUGAUAAUGUGGAUGGAGGUGUGUGGAAGCAGGGAUUUGAUAUCACAUAUGAUCCCACAGAGUGGGACAAUGAACCCCUGCAAGUGUUUGUGGUACCUCACUCUCAUAAUGACCCAGGUUGGGUCAAAACCUUUGAUAAAUAUUAUUUUGACCAGACGCAACAUAUUUUAAACAACAUGGUGGUCAAGCUUGCAGAGGACCCACGUAGGAAAUUCAUCUGGUCUGAGAUAUCCUACUUUGUUAAGUGGUGGGAGAGUGCAGACACUCAAAAACAGGAGGCAAUGCGCAAAUUGAUCCUGGGAGGGCAGAUGGAAAUUGUGACAGGAGGAUGGGUAAUGACAGAUGAAGCCAACAGUCACUACUUUGCCAUGAUUGACCAGCUUAUUGAAGGGCAUCAGUGGAUGGAAAAACACUUGGGUGUGACUCCUCGCUCAGGGUGGGCUGUUGACCCUUUUGGCCACAGUGCCACCAUGCCUUACUUACUGAAGAAAGCCAAACUGACCAGUAUGCUGAUUCAGAGGGUCCACUACUCUGUUAAGAAGCAUUUUUCCUCCACACAGAACCUGGAGUUCAUGUGGAGACAGGCUUGGGAUCCUCAGUCAGGCACCGACCUAUUCUGCCACAUGAUGCCCUUUUACAGCUAUGAUGUGCCACAUACAUGUGGGCCUGACCCAAAGAUCUGCUGUCAGUUUGACUUUAAAAGGCUACCAGGCAGCAGAAUCAACUGCCCCUGGAAGGUGCCCCCACAGGCCAUCUCUGAGGCUAAUGUAGCCGAAAGAGUUCGAACACUUUUGGACCAGUAUCGCAAGAAGUCUAAGCUUUUCCGGAGUAAAGUUCUACUGGUACCAUUGGGAGAUGAUUUCCGUUACGAUAAAGCCCUAGAAUGGGACCAACAAUAUAUCAACUACCAGAAACUUUUUGAUUACAUGAACUCCCACCCCGAAUUGCAUGUUCAGGCCCAGUUUGGCACACUUACGGACUACUUCAACGCUGUAUAUAAGGCUAAUGGGGUGGGCCAGGGGAUGAGACCGCCUGGUUACCCUGUACUGAGUGGAGAUUUCUUUGCUUAUGCUGACCGUGAGGAUCAUUACUGGAGUGGCUACUACACAUCUAGACCAUUCUACAAAAAUCUAGACCGUGUGCUUGAAUCCCAUCUUAGGGGAGCAGAGAUUCUCUACAGUUUGGCUGUUGCACAUGCACGCCAUGCAGGAAUGGAAGGCCGCUAUCCCACCUCAGAUUACACUCUUUUGACAGAUGCUAGACGCAACGUCGGCCUCUUUCAGCAUCAUGAUGCCAUCACCGGCACUGCCAAGGAGGCAGUUGUCAUAGACUACGGCACCAGGUUAUUGCGCUCACUUAUUGGCUUGAAAAGAGUGAUCAUUAAUGCAGCACACUUCCUCAUAAUGAAAAAUAAAGACGUUUAUCGCUUCUACCAAACUGAGCCCUUCUUGGAAACGGAUGACAGGCGUGCCACACAGGACUCUUUACCCCAGCGCACUCUGAUUGAAUUGGAUGCCUCCUCUGCCAGGUACCUUGUGCUGUUUAACCCUGUGGAGCAGGAGCGUCUGUGUGUGGUCACUGUGCUGGUGAACUCAGUACGGGUUCGAGUGCGCACUGAGGAUGGCCAGACCCUACCAGUACAGCUCAGUGCACAGUGGAGUUCAGCUUUGCAGAUGGAUGGAGAAGUCUACCAGGCUUCCUUCAUGGCCCGACUCCCUCCACUGGGAUUGGCUGUGUUCCAUUUGUAUGACUCGACUGACUCUCCCAUGACUUUGCGCUCUGAUACAUUGCUAAGGGUUCCAGGGAAGAGUCAGAGUGUGCACAGUAUGGAUCCCCUUCCUGUGCAUUCUAUGGUGGCUGAUUUGCUGCCCUUUUACAUCAGGACUCAGUCUCUCACACUGGGCUUUUCUGGCACCACAGGCCUAUUGGAGAGUAUCCACCGUAAAGAUGACCCUCAGGAGGUGAGGGUGCAAAUCCAAUUCCUCACCUACGGGACUCGGGCUUCCAAGGACAAGAGUGGAGCAUACCUCUUCAUACCGGAUGGCAUUGCCGUGCCAUACGUGCAGAAAGAAACUCCAACUGUGCGUGUUGUGGAGGGUCCUCUGUUUUCUGAGGUGGUCACAUAUUACCAGCACUUCCAGCAAACAAUCCGCAUACACAACGUACCAGGUGUAGAUGGUCUGUCUCUGGACAUCACCACCUUGGUGGACAUCAGGGACCAGAAUAAUAAAGAGCUGGCCAUGCGUUUAGUCACUGACAUCCAGAGUGAGGACAGAUUCUACACAGACCUCAAUGGUUUACAGAUCCAGCCACGCAGGUACUUCCAGAAGUUACCACUGCAGGCCAAUUUCUACCCCAUGCCCACCAUGGCCUACAUACAGGACAGCCAGUACCGCCUGACCUUGCACACGGCCCAGGCCCUCGGAGUCACCAGCCUUGCAAGUGGUCAGUUGGAGGUGAUUAUGGACCGUAGAUUGAUGCAGGAUGAUAACAGAGGUCUUGGACAAGGUCUGAAGGAUAACAAGAGGACCGCUAACCGCUUCCGGCUCCUGUUAGAGAGGAGAUCCAGUGGCAGCAGGCUUGUGGGUUCUUAUGCCAAAAUCAGCCACAUGAUAAGUAAAGUCAUCGCUCAUGUUUUAGGAGACAGCAAGAAAGAGACUGUUGACAGUGGACCAGUCAGCUUCCCCUCUUUGUUAAGUCACUUGACUUCUACCAUUUUGAACCAUGAGGUGCUGGCAUUGCCAGUCAUUCCAAAGAAACGUGGCAUUCCCCUUCUCCGCACCUUUUCCCCACUGGCCACAGCCCUUCCCUGUGACGUCCAUCUGCUUAACCUCAGGAGCAUCCAGAGCCAGGACGCUAACUCUCCCUCCCCACACACUGCUCUCCUGUUGCAUCGGCUGGGUCUAGACUGUGGACUCGAGAUUCAGAACCCUGGGUUCAACUGCACUACCACACAGGGCAAGCUGGCCGUGUCGGGGCUGUUCCGAGGUCUGGACCUGCAUUUGUUGCAGCCCAUGUCGCUGACGUUGAUGUACUCUGAGCCUCCACUCUCCAAUAACUCUGUUAUCACCCUGGAGCCCAUGGAGCUUUCUACCUUUAAGCUCAAACUGCACUAAGGCCUUGUGACACCAGCACAGCCUGCAAACAACAGUGCAGAAAGACAGCACAUGCCCCCUCUCUCUCUCUCUCUGACUGGCUGAUGAGGAUCAUGAACAAACUAUACCAACAUCGAUGCUGAUGCCCCUCUAAAAUACUUUUCUAACAGGAGAUUUCAGCACUAGUUACACUUCUGUAGCUGUCCCAGAACUGAAAGCCUGGAGAACAUGAAGAUGUUUAAUUUUUUGCCCCCCCUAAAUUUGCUUAAAUUCAAAUCAACAGAAUGACUAAUGAUCAUAUGCAUUUUAUUAGACACGGAUGCUUGGUCAUCGUUUGAGACUCUUGAACGUGCAUUAUCUUUGUUUUUCUGGCUGGAACCACUGACACUUUCUGUCUUCUUCUCCUCUUUUGUUUUUUCUGCCUCUCUUGUGGAACUUCUUAGGCGAUGUAGCCUAUUGUACGUGAUUGUCUUUGGCUCUUCAUAAACUAGUGGGACUGAGUGCAAUAUGUGAUGCUUCUCUAGGGGUAGUGGGUUUAUUUUUAUUCUCCAUUCUGCAGAAGAUUUGCUUGAAAUUUUGUCAUUGGCCUGUUUUUUUUGUAAUUCAGUUGAUUUUACUGCCUGCCAUAGUUGCAUGUUUCUGUGAAUGUCUGCUCUCUCACUCUGUCAGCUUUUCACAACAGCUGUCUAUCCCUAAUCUGCUAGUAAGUGGUCUGAUUUGAGUUGUCCCUCUUUAAAUGUUGUCAUGAGUGUAGCAAUUGAUGACAACUUUUGUCUUUUUUUUUUUUUUUUUUUUUUGGGGUUCCUGAAAAUGCUGCUCCCUCCCAAAUUACCUUACUGUUACGUACAUUUAUUUCCCCCUGGGCCCAAGUGUUGAUGUCUGCUAAGGAUGGUUUAGUGUACUAUAAAAUAUGCAGUAUACAAUACCUCGUAUAUUUUACAUAUGAGCAUUGAGAUGUGCAAUAUAUUACUGUGUUGAUUGAUAUACGAAUGCGUGUGGCACACGGGCUAGGUAAUAAGGCGAGAUUAUGGCACUGUUUACCAUCAUGCAUGUACCGUAGUAAGCCAGUGAAGUUUAUGACUAAUUGGAAAUCAGUAUUUUAACUGAUCUAAGCAUAAACUUUAACUCCUAUCACUGUGUGUUUGGAGAUCAGUGAUUUUAACAGUGAUAGCACUGGGCUGAGGAAAAGCCUGGGCACAUUAAUGUAUUGUAAAGAUCCAUUCCAGUGCUGUUUGUUCAUAGUGUCUCUUUUGUCCUGGUCAUCCACUUGACUCUGUAACUGUUUAUCGUUCAGUGCGAAUGUAUCACAACUGCCAGGAGGAAGGUGUCUGUAAAAGCCAAAA